UUCGCGGCCGGUGGCGGCGGUAGAGACAUCGGCGACCUGGGGAGCGAGCUGGCGGAACCCGGGGAGCGUGCAGAGGCCUCUAGCUCGAGCGCGAGGGACCUCCCACUGGGAUGCCUGGUACCGUUUGGGGAGCAGAUGGACCCUACUGGAAGUCAGUUGGAUUCAGAUUUCUCUCAGCAAGAUACCCCUUGCUUGAUAAUUGAAGAUUCUCAGCCUGAAAGCCAGGUUCUAGAUGAUUCAGGUUCUCACUUCAGUAUGCUAUCUCGACACCUUCCUAAUCUACAGACACACAAAGAGAACCCUGUGUUGGAUGUCGUGUCCAAUCCUGAACAGGCAGCUGGAGAAGAACAAGGAGACAAUAAUAGUGGGUCCAAUGAACAUUUGAAAGAAAACAAGCCUUCAGAGCCUAUGGAUUCUUCUCAUCUGGACACGUGCAGUUCCGUCAGUCAGGUCAUUGAACAGUUGCCUCAGCCAAACAGGACAAGCAGUGUCCUGGCGUUGUCAGUGGAAUCUGCUCCUGUGAGUGAAGACAAGGAAGAAGAGGAGGAGGUGGAAGAGAAAGAGAAAGAAGAGGAGGGAGAUAAUCCAGACGGUACUACGCACUCCAUUGGUGUUGAAGAUUCUGCCUCAUCACAGUUGGGCUUUGGAGUUUUGGAACUCUCCCAGAGCCAGGAUAUUGAAGAGCAUACUAUGCCGUGUGAAGCGGACAGAGAGCACCUACAGUCAGUAACCGAUGACUCUGAUUAUGCCCGGCAGUCUGAAGUGGAUGCUGACGUUGCAGUUAAGCCUGGAGAGCAGCAGUCCAGUGAAGACAUCCCCAGGGCAGAACCACCCAGCAAGGAUGUCCCCCUGGUGGAAGAGUGCAGUAAGGAUGCACAUGUGGGAGAAGCCUGCAGCCCGCUACCUGCGAGGCCAGAGGACAUACCGUCCAGUCCCAAAGCAUCUCUUGCUGCUGUGGAAACAGAAGAACAGAUGCCUGCUCGGGAGCGUCUGGAAGGCAAACUGCAGGUUCAGAAGUCACCGGAGCCUGAGAUUUUGUCAACUCAGGAAGACUUGUUUGACCAGAGCAAUAAAACAGUAGCCUCUGAUGGCUGUUCCACUCCUUCAAGGGAGGAAGGCGGCUGUUCCCUGGCCUCCACACCAGCCACCACUCUGCAGCUCCUGCAGCUCUCUGGCCAGAGGUCUUUUGUUCAGGAGAGCCUUUCCACGAAUUCCUCAGAUCUUGUUGCUCCUUCCCCCGAUGCUUUCCGACCUACCCCUUUUAUCGUUCCUAGCAGUCCCACAGAGCAAGGAGGGAGAAAAGAUGAGCCAAUGGACAUGUCAGUGUUAUCUGAGGAAGGAGGAGCACCUUUUCAGAAGAAACCCGACGAACCAGUGGAGAUAGAGAGCCCACCUGAGCCCACUGUAUCACCCCAAGCCUCAACACCAGUGUCUCAGAGCACACCAGUCUUCACUCCUGGGUCACUUCCUGUCCCAUCCCAGCCCGAGUUUUCUCACGACAUUUUCAUUCCAUCUCCAAGUUUGGAAGAAGGAUCAAAUGAUGGGAAGAAAGGUGAAGACUUGCAUAGUUCAUCUUUGACUGUUGAGUGUUCUAAAACUUCAGAGACUGAACCAAAGAAUUCCACUGAGGAUCUUGGGCUGUCUUUGACGGGGGAUUCUUGCAAGCUGAUGCUUUCUACAAGUGAGUAUAGUCAGUCUCCAAAGAUGGAGAGCUUGACUGCUCACAGGAUUGAUGAAGAUGGAGAAAAUACACAGAUUGAGAAUACUGAACCCAUGUCUCCAGUUCUCAAUUCUAAACUUGUUCCUACCGAAAAUGACAGUAUCCUGAUGAAUACAGCACAAGGUGGCCAAGUAGAACUGGGUCCUAAUGAUGACAAAACAAAGGGGGAUGAUACAGAGACCAGAGAUGACAUUAGUAUUUUAGCUACUGGUUGCAAAGGCAGAGAAGAGACUGUAGCAGAAGAUAUUUGUAUUGAUCUCACUUGUGAUUCAGGGAGUCAGGCAGUUCCUUCUCCAGCUACUCGAUCUGAGGCACUUUCUAGUGUGUUAGAUCAGGAGGAAGCUAUUGAAAUUAAAGACCAUCAGCCGGAGGAGGGGUCCUCAGAGUCUGAGGUAGAAGAAAUCCCUGAGACGCCUUGUGAAAAUCAAGGAGAAGAACCCAAAGAGGAAAAUAAGGAGAGUACUCCAUUUCACCUUUCUCUGACUGAAACUGAGCCCCAAGGGUUGUGUCUUCAAAAUGAAAUCUCAAAACAAGAAUGUCAGGAACCUAUGGAAGUUGAAACCACUGUGAUUAGUAUUGAUUCUCCCCCAAAGCUGCCAGUGAUUGACCAAGAAUUGGAACACAAGGAUCAGGAAGCUUGGGAAGAAGCUACUUCGGAGGACUCGAGUGUUGUCAUUGUAGAUGUGAAGGAGCCCUCCCCCAGAGUGGAUGUUUCCUCUGAGCCUGUGGAGGGGGUGGAGAAAUGCUCAGAUUCCCAGUCUUGGGAUGAUGUUGCUCCAGGAGAAGAACCAAGUGCUGAGGAUAGACCAGAUACCCAGGGGGAAAAGAGUACAGAGUACGAAGAUGAUCUGAAACCAGCAACUGCAGAAAAGGAACCUGUGGAGGAAGACCCUCCACAGCCCCUUUUGCCUAUAAUGAGAGCAGGUGAUACUCAGAGACCUGAGCAGGAAAUGCAUCAAACCCAGCCUCAAGAGAAAACAGAUAACGCAUUACCAGAAGACUCAAAAAUGGCUAAUGUGAAGCAGCUGGGCUCUGGGGUAGAGGCCCAGCAGCUGGAGAAGGCCUCUGCCCAUGCCUCACAAAGCUUCUGUGAAAGCUCCAGUGAAACUCCAUUUCAUUUCACUUUGCCUAAAGAAGGUGAUAUUAUCCCACCCUUGACUGGCGCAACCCCACCUCUCAUUGGGCACCUUAAAUUGGAGCCCAAGAGACACAGUACUCCUAUUGGUAUUAGCAAGUAUCCAGAAAGCACCGUAACAACCAGUGAUGUCAUGUCAGAAAGCAUGGUGGAGACCAACGAUCCCAUUCUUGGGAGUGAAAAAGGGGAUUCUGAGGCUGCCCCAGAAGUGGAUGAUAAAUUAUGUCUGAGAAUGAAAUUGGUCAGUCCUGAAACUGAGGCUAGUGAAGAGUCUUUGCAAUUUAGCCUGGAAAAGCCUGCAACUGGUGAAAGAAAAAAUGGAUCCACCCCUGUUGCUGAGGCUGUUGCCAGUUCCCAGAAGACCAUGUCUGUGUUUAGCUGCAUCUGUGAAGCCAGGCAAGAGGAGGAGGCACGAAGUCAGGAUCCCCGCUCUGUACCCAUCAGGGGGAACUUACUCCAUUUUCCAAGUACUCAAGAAGAAGCGGAGAAGGAAAAAUUGGAGGGUGACCAAAGGACUAGGCAGAGUCAACAGCCUUUGAAGGCCAUUGCUGCUGCCAAGGACACUGCUUCUCCUACCUCCCAGCAAAUGGCCACACAGGGGCUGUCCAGUCCUCAGGGAGAAGCAAUGGAGACUGAUGUGUCAGAAGGCCAGAAAGGAGGACAGAAUACCAAUCAGGAAAAACUUAGUAAGGCCUUGAUUGAAAGGCCCAGACAAAAUAACGUAGGAAUCCAGACCAUGGCGUGUUCUCCAUGGGCACCAGAAACUGCUUCAGCAGCAACCCAGACCAUAAAGAAUGUGUGUGAGCAGGGCACCAAUACUGUGGAACAGAACUCUGGAAGACAAGAUGCCAUGGUUCAGACUGAGAAGGGGAGUGGUGAGAAACUGGCCAGUGCUCCUGGGGACGAUACGGAGUCGCUCCAUAGCCAGGGAGAGGAAGAAUUUGACAUGCCUCAGCCUCCACAUGGCCAUGUCUUGCAUCGCCACAUGCGAACCAUCCGUGAAGUGCGCACACUUGUCACUCGCGUCAUCACAGAUGUGUAUUAUGUGGAUGGGACAGAAGUAGAAAGAAAAGUAACUGAGGAGACUGAAGAGCCAGUUGUAGAAUGUCAGGAGUGUGAAACUGAAGUUUCCCCUUCACAGACUGGGGGCUCCUCAGGUGACCUGGGGGAUAUCAGCUCAUUCUCCUCCAAAGCAUCCAGCUUACACCGCACGUCAAGUGGGACGAGUCUCUCAGCCAUGCACAGCAGUGGCAGCUCAGGGAGAGGAGCCGGACAACUCAAAGGGAAAACCAGCGGGACAGAACCCGUAGAUUUUGCCUUACCCAGCUCCCGAGGAGGCCCAGGAAAACUGAGUCCUAGAAAAGGGGUCAGUCAGACAGGGGUGCCAGUGUGCGAGGAGGAUGGCGACGUGGGCCUUGGCGUCAGACAGGGAGGGAAGGCUCCAGUCACGCCUCGUGGGCGCGGGCGAAGGGGCCGCCCGCCUUCUCGGACCACUGGAACCAGAGAAACAGCUGUACCUGGGCCCUUGGGCAUAGAGGACAUUUCACCCAACAUGUCUCCGGACGAUAAAUCCUUCACCCGUAUUGUGCCCCGAGUACCAGACUCCACCAGACGAGCAGACGUGGGUGCUGGUGCUUUGCGUCGCAGCGACUCUCCAGAGAUACCUUUUCAGGCUGCUGCUGGCCCCUCUGAUGGCUUAGAUACCUCGUCUCCAGGGAACAGUUUUGUAGGGCUUCGAGUUGUAGCCAAGUGGUCAUCCAAUGGCUAUUUUUACUCUGGGAAAAUCACACGAGAUGUUGGAGCUGGGAAGUAUAAGUUGCUCUUUGAUGAUGGGUACGAGUGCGAUGUGUUGGGCAAAGACAUUCUGUUGUGUGACCCAAUCCCGCUGGAUACUGAAGUGACCGCCCUCUCGGAGGAUGAGUAUUUCAGUGCAGGAGUGGUGAAAGGGCACAGGAAGGAGUCUGGGGAGCUGUACUACAGCAUUGAAAAAGAAGGCCAGCGGAAGUGGUAUAAGCGAAUGGCUGUCAUCCUGUCCUUAGAGCAAGGCAACAGGCUGAGAGAGCAGUAUGGGCUUGGCCCGUAUGAGGCAGUAACACCUCUCACCAAGGCAGCAGAUAUCAGCUUAGACAAUUUGGUAGAAGGGAAGCGGAAACGGCGCAGCAACGUCAGCUCCCCAGCUGCCCCCACUGCCUCCAGCAGCAGCAGCACGACGCCCACCCGUAAGAUCACAGAAAGCCCUCGUGCCUCCGUGGGAGUUCUCGCAGGCAAAAGAAAACUUAUAACUUCUGAAGAGGAGCGGUCCCCUGCCAAGCGUGGCCGAAAGUCUGCCACUGUGAAACCUGGUGCAAUGGGGGCAGGAGAAUUUGUGAGCCCCUGUGAGAGUGGAGACAACUUGGGUGAGCCCUCUGCCGUGGAAGAGCAGAGGGGGCCUUUGCCCCUCAACAAGACCUUGUUUCUGGGCUAUGCCUUUCUCCUCACCAUGGCCACAACCAGUGACAAGUUGGCCAGCCGCUCCAAACUGCCAGAUGGUCCUUCAGGAAGCAGUGAGGAAGAAGAGGAAUUUUUAGAAAUUCCUCCUUUCAACAAGCAAUACACAGAAUCCCAGCUUCGAGCAGGAGCUGGCUAUAUCCUUGAAGACUUCAAUGAAGCCCAGUGUAACACAGCCUACCAGUGUCUCCUAAUUGCUGAUCAGCAUUGUCGAACCCGGAAGUACUUCCUGUGCCUUGCCAGUGGGAUUCCUUGUGUGUCUCAUGUCUGGGUCCAUGACAGUUGCCAUGCCAACCAGCUCCAGAACUAUCGCAAUUAUUUGUUGCCAGCUGGGUACAGCCUUGAGGAGCAAAGAAUUCUGGAUUGGCAACCCCGAGAAAACCCUUUCCAGAAUCUGAAGGUACUCUUGGUAUCAGACCAGCAACAAAACUUUCUGGAGCUCUGGUCUGAGAUCCUCAUGACUGGGGGAGCAGCCUCCGUGAAGCAGCACCACUCAAGUGCCCAUAACAAAGACAUUGCUUUAGGGGUGUUUGACGUGGUGGUGACAGACCCCUCAUGCCCAGCCUCGGUGCUGAAGUGUGCUGAAGCGUUGCAGCUGCCUGUGGUGUCACAAGAGUGGGUGAUCCAGUGCCUCAUUGUUGGGGAUAGAAUUGGAUUCAAGCAGCACCCAAAAUAUAAACAUGAUUAUGUUUCUCGCUAAAGAUCCUUGGUCUUAUCAGUUUCCUUCCCUGCUGUUGUGAAGACUGUGUUUUAACCAGGUUUUAAAUGUGUCUUGUGUGUAACCGGGUUCCUUGCAUGGAUCUUGUACAUAGUUUUAUUUGCUGAACUUUUAUGAUAAAAUAAAUGUUGAAUCUCUGGUUGUAGUAACUGGGAGCUCCUCAUCUACUUCUUUGAGCUUAAUUUCAGAACAAAUAGCAAGACGAACACGGUACCUUCUCUGAGGCUUCCAGUUGGCUUGUUUACUUCAGGACGUCAGCGAGCCCAGGGUAACAGCUGUGCCAAAAGGUGGGUGGGAUUGGGCACACUCUGAGUUUCCUGACAGUUUAAGGAUGCUCAGCUCUAAAGAGAGACAUUUCCCUAACAGCUGACUUGUGGGUACUCUCAACUCUCAGAGUAAAGAGGGAAAAGGAUUAACCGCUGCACUUGGUAGGGUAACUUCCUCCAAGGAGAAACAGGAGAAGCACAUGUGAGAACACCUGGAAAUGUUAAACGCUCUAGCCAGAGGUCCAACAUUUAAGUUUUUAUUACUGUUGUCACAGUGGCUGGAGGCCGUUCUUUCCUACCCAUAGCAUCAUCGUCCCUGUUCACAUUCUCUCAAUCUCUCAAGCAGGGGUCAGCACAUUUUUUUCGGUAAAGGGCUAUUUUGUGAAUAUUUUAGACUUUGUGGGCCAUUUGGUCUGUUGCAGCCACCCACCCUUGCUGUGGUAGCCUGAGAGCAGCCAGAGAGAAUCAGUAGAGGACUAAGUGUGGGCGUAUCUCAACAAACCUUUAUUUACAGACACAGGCAGCAGCUGUCAUUUGCCAGCCUUGCUCCAGAGGCAGCAAUGGAAGGGGUUGCCCUCACCGAUAACAGCAGGGAGUCAGGUAUAAGUACGUGCAGGUGUCCAGAGGACCAGAUGCGGAGGCCAGUACCGCGCGAUGCAUUCUCUGUUUGGAGAGGGCUGUUCUGUGGGUAUUUAUCAUGGUUCACAUUGAUGAGAACCACAGUAGAAGUACCUCCGGUCCUGUGGUUCUCCUCACAUGGGAUAACUGGAACUGUAACUUUCAGUAUCUGAAAUCUGAUAAUUUGAGGUCACGUUUUUCUUAAUGACCUUUUCUUAGGAAACAAAAGUACUUUAAACACAUUGUCAUUAACUACUAUUGCCCUUUUAUCGGUCUGUUAGAAAUUAUUGGCAAAAUUCUUUAGAUUCAUAAUUUUGAAUUUCCUUAAGGGUAGAAAACUCUCAGUCUCAAAUUCCUGGAGGAAGAAAAAUAAUCAGUAUAGGUAUAAAUUACUUGGCAGGAGGAGAGGGUGGCUGGCUGUUUCUGCUUGGUAAUGACAACAUCCAGUAUUCUACCUAUUUAUAAACAUAAGUUCUUUUUCAUGUCUGAGCCACAAAAUAUUUACCUUUCUGAUCCAUGCUGUUUACUUACUGUCAUAUCUUCUACAGCUUGAACGGUCCCUAGGUACACAGCAGGUGCUCAAUAAAUGUUGAAUAAACGGACAUACCCAAAAACUGUUCCAAAUGCAGCACAGUCAGUCAGAGCACUGGCCUCGCCCGCAGGGGCGCAGCUGACCAACACAUCCUUCUUGGUGGACGAGUUCAGAACUGCCCUGAGGUGCGGCAGGCCCCUUCCACAUGGGGAUUAUGGGAAUGAGUUAUACCUCUGGAUGCUCAGUAAUUGCUUCUAGGAGAAAAGGUAGAGCCCUCUCAGUAGGCCGCAGACAUUUGGUGAGUGGCUAGAGAAUGGGAUGCUUGUUUUGAAUCUUCUUUUACAGACUUGGGAACGUGGUUAAGAUUGACUGUUGUUUUGUUUAUGUACCAGAAAACAUCAAAUCCCGAAACUACAAGAGAAAAAAAAAAAGAUCCUCAUUAAGUAUCAUGCUUUCCCAAGAUUGUCUUCAAAGAAAUAUGAAUCAGGGCAACCUCUGAUCUUAAAACUGAAAAGAUAGUUUCUUUGACUCUUUGGCUAAAAUCUCUUAAAAGAAUCUGCUUGAGUAGAAAGAGGGGAGAAGUACUUUUCUGUAUGGGAAUGAGAGAAGCAGAGGGGGGAGCUUUACCAUGCCACCUACCACUGAAUCUCGAAAUUAGAUUAAAAAAAGCUUAGCGUUGGAAGCCUUUCACAGAUGAGGAUGCAGGGGGCCAGCGAGGCAGAGUUGCACAGGUAGGUUAGUGUCAGAACUGGGAAUGGAAGCCACAAUGCCUCCCCACAUAGCAGUACACACCUUAGGAAAGAACUUAGACCCAUCUCUGUGCCAGGUGUGUUAAUAUCUUACUAUGAUGAUGAUUUUUACUACAAAAUAACCUACUGCCAUCAAGCCGAUUCCAGCUCAUAGUGACCCUGCAGAAUGAUCCACAGGGUUUCCAAGGCUGUAAUCUUUACAGAAGCUGACAGACUGCCACAUUUUUCUCCCGUGGAGCGGCUGGUGGGUUCAAACCACCGACAUUUUGGUUAGCAGCUGAGCGCGUAACUACUGUGCCACCAGGGCUUCCCUUUGUCUGUCUGAGCCUUAGUGUCCUCAUUUAUGAAAUGAGGGUAUCUGGACUAGAUAAUGCCCAGAGUCUCCUUCCAACUCUGGAAUUCUACCUCAAAACAAAACAAUCUACUGAGUUCCCCAAAGGUUGUUCCUACCUGCCCAGAGUUCCACCAGCCUGGGUAUAGUAUUUGUUAUAAUCUAGUCGUAACAGUAGUUGAGCCAAAUCUGAGUUGAUCUGAUGAUUGCGAACACUGGAAAGAAUCUUGAAUAGGAGUGAGGACUGGCGGCUAAAGCCCUGCAGAGAGAAGAGCUCUGUGUCAUCCCCCCUGCACCCACCGAGGCUCUUCACGUAAACCGUGAGUGCGUGCGAGGGGUGCCUGUGAGGGAAGGGCACGCAGUGGUGGGAGUUCCUUGGAAAAGCCUUGCUUGCAGUUCUACACAACACCUGGUCUUCUCACAUUCCCAUUUCUCUAGGCUCCUAAAACGACUUCUUGACACCAGGUCCACAGAAUGCAUGACUUCCUAUGCAAGUACAGUAAUUUAGCAGCUGGUUUCCAAUUAAUAUAUUCUGUUGUGCACAGGGUUUGGGGAGAGCCUGAGUGUUUUUGUUACAGGCAGAUAAUUACAAUCUCAAUGAAAUAACGGGUUAGUCAAGGAAGUAAGGAGGUGGGAAGCAGAAACAUGAGAACAAAGCCAGUGCAUACUUGGCGGGCUGAGUAGUCAAGGCGGAGCUAUUUCUGAACAUUGUGAGGUCGCACAUAGUUAUCUGCUUCAAAAUCCACCGAUACCAACUUUUUUCCUUUGUAUCUUGUUAUUUCUGUGUGCAUGUGCUGGGGAAACGCCUUACUGACUCAGGCGGCAAGAUCGAGAUUCUCCAGUGGAGAAAGCACCUUUAGUCCUUCUGACGGGACUGCGUGUCUCAGGAGGCCGGGCUGACUCACCUUCACGAGGAUGCUCAGCUGUGCAGCUCCUCGCUCGUCCAGCGGCCCAAGGUUCUGACUGACCAGUGAGCAAAAGCUGUGACAGAGAUCGAGGAUCUCACUCAGGCAGUGAAACACCUACCCAACAAACACAGUGGGCAUUAGGGAGGGAAGGAAGAUACAGCUGUGAAAUUAAAGAUUCAGGAAAAUAACUACGAGCUGACUUAUUCCCAUUCUCCCACAUCUCACUUCAGGAUACACACCGACACUUACAAGUCUCCUGCCAGCCCCUCAGGUGCCACUUGUGUAAAACAAACUGGUCCCUUUCUGGCAAGGAUGCUAUCAUUUUCUGAGUCACCCCUGUGCAGAACCUCCACUCUAACCACAGGACACUAGUCAUCACUCCUGGGGCACACCGAUGGGGGUUCCUGCCUGUGAGCUCUGCUCCCAGUGUUGUCCUGUGCUGGGAUACCCUUCCCUUUCAUACCACUUCAAGUUCAACUUGCAGUGAGGCGUCCCCUUCCCCACUACAGCCAUUAGUGAACCCCACUUCUCUCUCUGUCCAUUAUCUUGGCAUUUGUUCAGGCCUCCUGAGCUUUUACUGCUCGCUGUGUGUACACGUUUCUUGCCUCUCCAAGUGGACUGUGAGCUCCUUAAGGGCAGAGCUGUAACUCAGACCUCUGCAUCCCCAGUGCCUCACACAGCAAGCACUUAAUAUUUACUGACAAUGACUUGCUCUGAUAGGAUGCUCUUCCUCUUGCUAUCCAAGUCUACCUGUCAUAAUGGUUCUCAGUGAUUUCCAGUUCACAGAACCCUUUGGAAUGGCAUCUCUAUAACUCACUCUUCCCAGGUGCAGCAAAACUAGCCCCAGAUACCAGAACAGAAGUCUGCAGUGUUCUGGUGUGACUCAAUGGAGGAGUCCGCUAGCUCACACAAGAGGUGAAGUGUGACUGUCACAGCAGAAAGGACACGAGGGAGCACUUUGGUCCUGCUUUUUAUGCUGCAGCUGCAAACACCUGUGUGCUUUCAAAAGCACUGACACCUGGACCCCAUUCCAGAGAUUCUCAUUUACGUGGGUUGGGUCUCAGAGUGAAAAGUUGUGCAGAACAUUCCAACGUGCAGCCAAGGUUGAGAUGAACUGUCCUAAAGGAAGUAACCCCCCGACCCACACACCACUCCAGCUGUCUAUGAAAACACCUUUCAAACAACUGGUCUAUCCUGAUCCAAAAGAUUUCGAGACAGUAGAAAUGCUUUUUUGUUGGCCUGUCUGUGGUGUCAGAAAGGUUUUUGAAUUUCUUUAAAUCCUUCCUUCUGGGGGUUAAACACAUACUCUUUCAUCUAUAGCUGCUCACCACUCCCAUUAUAUAGUGUUCUAGAAAUUCAAAGAUAUUUAAGUUCUCCUUUAACAUUUCCUUUUAGCUGUGCUUUAUAAGCUGUUAAAAAUGCUUAAAAAUGGAGAUGGAACAAUUGCUUAGUGAUAAUCCUUAUCCUGUCCACUCAGAGUGCCAAGGGACAGUCAGUGCUAGAAGCAGUCUGAGGAAACCAGGCAUCCCCACUUACAGGCUUCAGCAAGAUGAAGGACUGUGCCAGCAAAUUGCUCAGGAAGUGGUCGUGAGCCAAUCGGAUGCUUUCAAAGUCUCGAGUAGAAUUGAUUUGAUGGAGCAGCUGUGAGAACUGAGACUCCAGCACGUCUACCUGAUAGACAAUUACACAAAUAAUGUUAGCACCUUGCAUAUCUGAUUACCCAAGGACAGUGAGAUGCCUGACAGGAUGAAAUAGAAAUUUCUGGCCCCACUCAUCAUCUUCCUAACCAAGCCACUUUAAAGUUGACCAAAGACUCCUUAAUUUUGCCCAGCCUUGCAGAAAGUUAUCUGCCUAAGUCCUAACAACCCCCAAGGUCUUGGCAGACCUCCCCUGACCCAUCCACUCACGCCACAUCCUUCCACUGACUUGCUUAAGUCCUGUAGGAUCCAGAAUUUAUAGCAAAGUAUAAAAAUAACAGUCAAAGCAACAACAAUUCAUGCACUGCUGAUUAAGGACCCCAUUCCUUAUUCUCCUUCAUUUAUUUCCACUUUCCCCUAAGAUGUCCCCAAGAGACACACCUAGUGAUACGGUUCCCGGAUUUUCUCAAACGUCAGCGUUUUACCAGCUGCAGGAUCGCAGUCCCUCUUCAGUACCUCACCUCACGCCCCUUCCCCUCCUCACCCCUCAGGACAGACCUGGAGAUAGUACUGGAGGUUGUCCACCAAGGACAGACCUGGAGAUAGUACUGGAGGUUGUCCACCAAGGACAGACCUGGAGAUAGUACUGGAGGUUGUCCACCAAGAAGGCCAUGUGGUUACGUAGGCGCCACUUGACUGCGUCGGUCUGGUUGGACUGGAGGUGUUUGCGCUGCAUCUGCAGGGCCCAGCAAUGCUGCAGCUGAGCUUGUACGCGGCGCACACUCAGCAAGUACUUGAAAACGACGUUGUACCUGGAGGGAGACACCAGGCUGUUCAGAUCACCCCACCCUCAGAACAGACCCCAGAACUCUGUGCCCCACCCCUCCCCAAAAAAGGCAGGAAGAAGAAUGGCUAGAGGUGGAGACAACUGAAUUGUGGUUUAUGUAUACAGUGGAGUGUUACACGGCAGUCAACUCUCCAACACAACACAAUGGAUCUUGGCAAUAUGAUUCUGAAUGAAAAAAGUAAAUCUUAAAAGAUUAAAUGUAGUCUGAUACCUUUUUUAUAAAUGCUUAAAACAACUAAAAGCAAAAAAAAAAAAAAAUUGUAUAUAUAUA